UUUUUUUUGACAUGGCUACAAGCUCUCCAGUUUCUGUGAAAGUACAUGUAUUCUCUGAUUUUGACGGCACAUUAUGUUAUGAUGAUACUGGUGUACUCUUGAUAGAUGAUCCGCGAUCGUUAGGUUCUGAAAAAAGAAAACAGUUAGAUAAAGCCAUUCUAAAUGGUCAACUGACUUAUAGAGAUGGUGUCAAGUCAAUGUGGGAUUCUGUUACAAUGACAAUGGAAGAGGCUUGGACUGAUCAUCUCGACAAGGCUCGUGUUGAUCGUGGUUUUCCAGAGUUUCACAAAUACUGUCAAAACAAUGAUAUUCCUAUUACGGUAGUCAGCAGUGGACUUUAUCCUUUAUUAGAAAGAAUGAUGAUUAAGUUUUUGGGUGAAAACGAUGCCAAGGAUAUCAAGAUUAUCAGUAAUGAUGUGCAUAUCGAUGGCCGAAAUUGGAAUGUCCAAUGGCAUGAUGACAGUCCUUAUGGAAAUGAUAAAUCUAAAGCUCUUCAACAAGCUCGAGAAAAUUCUUCAUCUGAUACCAUCUUCAUCUUUUGUGGUGAUGGGAUUUCUGACAUCUCUGCAGCCAAACAUGCUGAUGUCCUAUUUGCAAGAAAAGGUCGUGAUCUGGAAAUCCAUUGUCAUCGUGAAUCUAUUCCUUUUAUUCCUUUUGAUAGUUUUGAUGAUAUUUUAGUUGUACUCAAUAGUUUAGUUACAGGAAAAGUUAGAUUAGAACGUGAUCCAUCCACUGGUUUUUGUCGUAUCGAAUAAAUAAAUAUUAUGCACUUAUCUGAGUUUGAACCACCACUUCCCCUCAACACAACCUUCAUUGUGUCAAAAAUAAGCGGGGUAAUCUUGAAAUGUAAUCCUUCC